UUUGCAUCAUCUCAAUCUCUCUUACACUUCUGUUGUGUGCAUUACACGAGAGAUUUUGGUUUUGAAAUAAAAAUUUGUGAGGAAAAGCAACAAACUGAAAAAUGGGAGAUAAAGAAUUUUACUCGAAACCCUUUGUUGUUCUAUGUUGGUUGAUUGCAGCAGUUGGAGGUCUUAUGUUUGGUUAUGACAUAGGAAUAUCAGGUGGAGUAACAGCCAUGGAUGAUUUCUUAUUGAAGUUCUUUCCUACUGUAUACGCAAAGAAAAAACUUGCAAAAGAAAACAACUACUGUAAAUUUAAUGACCAACGUGUUCAAUUAUUCACUUCCUCGUUGUAUCUCGCAGCCCUUAUCGCUACCUUUUUUGCAUCUAAGGUCUGCUCAAAAUUUGGUCGUAAGAGAACUAUGCUAGUUGCUUCUUGUUUCAUGUUGGCUGGAGUUAUUUUGAAUGCUGCAGCUAGCAAUCUUGUUAUGCUGAUCAUUGGAAGGAUUUUGCUCGGGUGUGGUGUUGGUUUUGGUAAUGAGUCAGUUCCGUUAUUCUUAUCAGAAAUUGCACCUGUCAAAUAUCGAGGAGCAGUGAACAUUCUUUUCCAGCUCUAUGUGACAAUUGGCAUAUUGUGUGCAAAUAUUGUAAACUACUUUGCUGCCGAGUUACAUCCAUGGGGUUGGAGACUAGCUUUGGGUUUAGCUGGAGUACCUGCUCUGAUGCUCUUGCUUGGUACAUUUGUUAUCCCUGAGACACCUACAAGUUUAAUCGAACAAGGUUACCUGGAUAAGGGAAGAGUGGUUCUCGAGAAAAUUCGACGAACUAAAAACGUUGACGACGAAUAUAAUCAAAUAGUAAAUGCUAGUCAAUUUGCUAUUCAAAUUAAGAGUCCGUUCAAGAAACUUGCACAACCUUCAAGUAGACCUCCUCUAGUAAUUGGUAUACUUAUGCAAGUAUUCCAACAAUUCACAGGAAUCAAUGCAAUUAUGUUCUAUGCACCUGUUCUCUUUCAGACUGUUGGCUUUAGGAAUGAUGCUUCUUUGUUAUCAGCAGUUAUAAUUGGGCUUGUGAAUGUGUUCAGUACAUUGGUUUCUAUUAAAACUGUUGACAAAUUUGGGAGAAGAGCAUUGCUACUUCAAGCUUGUUGUCAAAUGUUCAUCACCCAGACUAUUAUAGGGGUAAUCCUAACAAUAAAGUUGAAGGCAACAGGAUCAUUGGGUCGUGGAGAGGCGAUAUUAGUGGUUUUGCUGGUAUGUUUGUAUGUAAUGAGCUUUGCAUGGUCAUGGGGACCAUUAGGUUGGUUGAUUCCAAGUGAAACGUUUCCCCUCGAAACAAGGACUACUGGUUUUGCAUUUGCAGUUAGCUCAAACAUGCUCUUCACUUUUAUCAUAGCUCAAGCAUUCUUAUCGAUGUUGUGCCAUUUGCAAGCCGGCAUCUUUUUCUUCUUUGCUGCUUGGAUUCUUGUCAUGGGCCUUUUUGUUAUCUUUUUCCUACCGGAAACUAAAAAUGUUCCCAUAGACGAUGUGAUCGAAAGAGUUUGGAAGCAGCACUGGUUUUGGAAGAAGUAUAUGGAUUGUGAUGAUGACGAUAUUGGCCAGCAUUACGCCAAUUCUUCAAAACAGGAUCACGUUUAAAAUCAGAACAGUUUCAUUUUGUGGUUAAGAACGUAGUGUCAGGUUUUCUUUCAAUAAUUUUUUCUGUACUCGGCAAAUUUUGGUACAGUUUAUUUUUGUAGCAAAUUCAGGACAGUCAAGUUCUGUGCCUAAUUUGCAUAUUUCCCAGAAUGCAAAAUAAGUCGUAAGACUGUUAUUCGUCUUCUUUAAACCACGCGAGUUAUAUUGUAUAAUCAUUAAUGAAAAAUGACUUUUAUUGAAA